CCCCGCCUUUCUAAACAUGAGUAUUUGUGACCGUCUUGACCCUCUUCUAUCCUGUUUGCUACUGCAAACUCUCUCUUACCUAAACCAGCGUCUCCGCUAGCGGCCCAAUGCCAAAUCUCGGCAGCAUCUUGAACGCCUUCAAUCCCUUCAGCUCCCAGUCGGAGGAGGCGAGCGACUCCAAGAUCGGGGGCCCACAGACAAACGAUGCUGCUCCAACCCGAACGAGCCGCAAGACCGACCACCGCUCUUCCUCACCGACUGACGUCGAACGCCCGCACCGUGGCCGAAACCCCAGCCCCGAGGUGGCACCGGUGAAAAGCACCCCAACGAAGCGUACCGGACCUGCUGCCGCCAACCACGGGCGGAAGAGGGGCAGAGAAAUCAGCAACGACGAGCGGCGGCUGUUGCCAGACUACACCAUUCCUGCAGAUGCAGUUAUCGUCCCUUCGCCCCCCUCAUACUUUCCUCCCUCGCCGCGAAUGCAGUCCUCCAGACCUAGCAAGCCGGGGGCGAACAAAAGCUUCAAGCCUGUUGAUACGUUCGACGUGAAUCCCUUUCAGGCCAGGCGGUCGCGGCAGACGUAUGGAUCCAGCCGUCAUUCAGCCGCGAGCCAGGGACACUUUGAAUACGUGGGAUUUCUCAAUAGCCAGACGAUCCGGGGUCCAUACUCUUCAAGACAUCACGUACACGCUGGGGAGGAUUGUGCGUCACCAGCCAAGCGCCAGAAAACGGCAUAUUCCUCGCAUUCUAGCCAGCCAGUCGUUGUUCUCGAUGGCGAUGACGACGAUGUAGUGCAAAUUCAACCACCACCACAGCCCAGGACUUCGUUCUCUUCUCCUCGCAUGCAGCCAUCCGCUUCGUCACGGUCACAGCGAAGCACUGACAGCACCCAAAGCACGAAGCAUCAGCAACCCCGCAGUGGGUUCCAGGAUGUCAACAUCAUCACUAACGCUCAUCGAAAGAAGCGUAGAAGUGGAAAUGACUUCGCGCCCACAUCUCAAUCAUUAAACUCGACGACCCAGCUGCACAGUCAGAGAGGUACAUUAGCCUCAUCUCCAAUUCGAGUGGAUGAUGACCAUCCACUUUCUCGGUCCAAAUCUGCAACACGUGACCUGUUGAGAAGCUUCCAGAAAAGGACAUCCCAAGAUGAGGAUGAAUUGCAAAUCCAAGAUCCUGCUACAAAGUCACGAAUUUUAGGCACAGAGCCAAAUGGAUCCUCGCGCAUCAAUCCCUCAACGGCCCAUCGCCCACGAUCCAGGAGCGAUUCGCGAAUCACAGUCCAGGAUAAACGUCUCCGUGAUACCUUCAAACGAAAUCAGCCCGUCGAAUGUAUUAGUGACGACGAAUUGCAGAUGAGCGAAAUACAGCCCAAUGUUCGUAUCAGCAAGACUCGAGGCAACCCACAUUCAAAGUCUUCGCCUACCAUCAACACUAGCGUCCGGAAAUCCAGUGCCGAGACUGCCGAACGGCAGUGGCCGCUUAAACAUGCCAGGAGCUAUCAUGGCGAAUUCCAUGGCCAUGACUUGGGCGUGAGAUAUCUUCUGGGGAAGAGGUACUUCGCCAUUAUCCAGUUCCAUCAAUACGAAGAGGUGAUGGCAGAAAUCGGCCGCAUCUUACCUCUGAAAAUUGGUCAGUGCUACGCCGACGAUGAAUCCCGAAUUCACAUUGGCGGCAACACAGAUAAGGAUGGAAAUACCCAUUCGUGGGACUUGGAAUUCGCAGACAGGAUGGGCUUUAAGGCCUUUCGGGAUUCUUACAUAGCCGGUCAAAUAGGGCCAGAAAAGAUCAUCAAUAGCACAAGCGAGGAAAUGUUAGCAAUGUUUAACAAGCCGUGGCCUUACUACGAUAGGAGUAAUGUGGCAGCCGCAGAUGAAGGCACCGAGAUUAACUUACUGAGAAAACGUACACAGAAUGGAGCGAAAAUGAGGGAACAACGCCCAAAACGCAAGCUUUUACUGACAGAAGGACCACACGGCAAACUGCAGACAGCCAAUCCCGCUCAUCAGUCGAGACGCAGCCGAGGAAUGGAUAGUGCAAAAAUGGAAAAAGAUCCUAUCGGCCCUGCGUCCAGCCAAUUGAGAGAGAUGAGAGCAAGUCGCCGUAAUCGCGCUGAGGUCGUUGAGAAUGAAUUGGUCGACGGGGUUGAAGUCGAGCAGCCGCUGAAGUUCUCUGAAGUACAUGGACUAGGGAAGCAAUGGGACAAACCAGUGCAAUACGGAACUGGCCGUCGCCGCGCUCUCGUGGAAUUUGAAGACCUUCUCCGUCUCGACGAAACCCAGUUCUUGAACGACAGCCUUAUCGACUUCUACAUGAUAUACCUUUUCGAUCAAGCGAAAGUACCCCCAAACAAGGUUUACUUCUUCAACACACAUUUCUAUACAGCUCUCACCCGUCCCGUGAAAGGUCAAAAGGGGGUAAUCAACUAUGAGGCAGUGGCGCGUUGGACUGCAAAAGAGGACAUCUUCAACUACGACUACAUUGCGGUUCCCAUCAAUGAAGAUACCCAUUGGUAUCUUGCAAUCAUAUGCAACAUACCCAACAUAUCCCGCACCCCAAUUCUGAAUGAUUCUCCCCAAGACUCACCUAAGCCGCCGAAACAAGGUCUAAGACAGAAAGUCGAACAGCGCAACACAACAGAGAGUGGACCAGUCAACGAUCCUGAGGACGUGAACUUGUUCGAUGAAGAGCGAGAGACCCUCAAUCUUGUUGAUGAAGAUGUCGAAGAGACAGAUCCUGGUGAGAAUCAACAACCCGCUUCGACAAAUCGAAAGACAGCGGGGCAAUCACCUGUCGAAGAGACUGCUCGCUUGGACAAACUAUCAAUUACUGACUCUAUACCAAAAGGGAUUAUUGGCGACCCAGGCGCAUCACCCAAAUCAGCAAGAAAGAAACAAAGAAGAAAAUCGGGCCCACCCCAGAAAAAGUUCGACCCCGAUCUGCCGAUCAUCCUAGUGUUAGAUUCCCUUGGCCACACGCAUCCCAGGGCGGUGCGACACCUCAAAGAUUACAUCCAGCAAGAAGGCAAGGCAAAGCGUAACAUGGAGGCUGUGAUAGCACAGAACGCCUUCAACGUUAAAGAGAUUCCUUUACAGAACAAUUUCGUCGACUGCGGCGUAUUCGUUCUCGGAUACCUGCAGAAAUUUUUUCACGAUCCUCACGACUUCGUCCGUUCCAUUCUAUCCCGAGAAAUGAGUAAGGAGGACCACUGGCCAGAUAUGCAUGCCCCUCGAAUGAGGAACCAAAUGCGAGAGAUCUUGCAGGGACUUGCAAAACAGCAAUCUCAGGAGCGAAAGCAGGCGAGACAAGCGAAGAAAGCAAACCUACAACCAGUGAAGACAGACCCUCCAGCCGACAACCUGACGAAACCUCCAGUCGCAGCACUGCGGUCACCAAUCAAACUUGAAUCCACGAUUAAGGUCGAGUCGCACAAUCCUCCAGCAGAACAAUCUUGCGCAGUCAAAGUGCAAGCGUCCCCAAUACAACCAACGCAACAGCAAUCCCCCCUAAAGCAGCAGUACCGUACAAAAUUUGGACCGCAAUCGCUUUCUUCCAAACAAUUGAAUCUCACCAAAUCUCAGGGAUCACCUGAACGACAUAUAAGGAAACCUAGCCCCAAGGUGGUGAUUUCAAAGUCAUCGCCAUCACAAUCUGCGAGAUUAGCGAAGCGCGCUCACAUUGAAAUCGCGGACAAUCAGGAGAGUGGUGCAGACAUCGCAAGGAGUGAUACGCUGGAGAAUGGAGCAGGAUUACAGAGCCAGAGCCCCAAGAGAAGGAAGAUAGUCGAGGGCAGGGCAUCUCCUCAUCAUCUUUCACAGAAGCAGAUUCCAGUCCGAGAAUUGCGUACAUCGCCCGAAGUCAAGGCGCAGAAGUCUACACGACCGAGUUCUAUGGCUGGGCGUUAUUCGCCGAAGAAAUCAGCCUUUCACAUAAAGGCUUCACCGCACACGAGAUCACCCCGAGGUCGCGGCAGUUCUCAUGAUCCGAUUGAAAUUGAAGAUUCGCAACCGUCAAUCACGAUUGAUGAGCCGAAGAAGCAUCAUGCACCGUCGUUAGUUGAAGAUGUGAGCAAAUCGAGCUCUCCCAAUCAAACCAGAAAGGUACAGCCUCGGGAUCAGCCUAAAACAAUAGAGUUCUCAAGGUCAGCUUCGGCAGGUUCAGAAGAGUCUCAUACGAACAAUGUGGUAGGGUCCCAGGUGCAACCUAUCAAUAACCCGGAGGAUGAAACGAUGUCAUUCGAUGACGCUCUUGAGACUGAGUUCAUGGUCUAUGACGACUCCACAGUUCCAGAAAGUCCAAUUGAGAGGAUGGAGUCGGUGCCCUAUGGCGAGUGGCAGCGUGGGAAUCCGCUGCCCUUUUAAGCCGAUCUGCUGACACUUUUCCUACGACAUACCCACGGUCCAAGAUUCGUGGUGUAGAUUCGGACGACACUUUGACAACCCAAGUGGUGUCUGGUGAUUCCCUAGAACCUCGGCGACGGCGGGAGUUAUCUGCUGAUCUCCCCAAUGCUUCGAUCCUCUUCCG